GUAUACUGCAUUGCGGAUUGCAGAAUUACUUUACCAGUUUCUGUAUGUUCUUGUCAAAUAUUAUAAAAUUAAAAUAUACAGAAACUGUUUUAUCUAAAUAUAAUCAAUUUCUCGGAAAGUUCAAACAUUGCCUCAAGUGUGACGGUGACGUGAUUUUAGAAUAAGUUAAAAAAUAGUUCAAUUUAAAGAAGAGUUUGGGAGAACAUGGAGAGAUUGGGAGACCCAGUUUUGGUGGCAAAAAUUCAAAAAUUUUUUGGAGUUGAUACAAACUUUAAUAAAGCUUCUAGUCAAAAAAGUGAUAAGCCGUCUGGAGCAAAAUCAACAGAGAAGUUUGUAAUUAGGAAUAAAUUCUGGUACUAUUUAUUUUUAUUUGGAACUGCAUUAGGAGAUGAAGUGUUCUAUACAGGAUUUAUCCCAUUUUGGUUCUGGAAUAUUGAUGGAGCUGUCGGAAGAAGAGUAGUUUUGGUGUGGACACUUGUUAUGUAUAUAGGUCAAGGAAUUAAAGAUCUGAUUAGGUGGCCACGUCCAGGUCCCCCAGUAGUACAGCUACAAAGCAAAUGGGCACUUGAAUAUGGUUUUCCAUCUACCCACGCAAUGGUCGGUGUUUCCAUCCCAUUUUCAGUAUUACUAUUUACCAUUAAUCGUUAUCAAUACGAUGUACCACUUGGUUUAGCAGCAGCUAUAACAUGGUGUAGCAUUAUUUGCUUGAGUAGGCUAUAUCUAGGAAUGCAUACAGUUUUGGAUAUAUUAGCAGGAUUACUAUUGGCUGUGGUACUUAUGGUUCCUCUAGUGCCAGCUGUAGAUUAUUUUGAUAAUUACAUACUGACUAAUCCAACAUCACCAGUAUUACUGUUAACUUUGUCUAUUUUAAUGAUUAUAUAUUAUCCGAAUAGUGGCAAAUGGACACCAACAAGGGGUGACACUACAAUGAUUAUCUCAGUGUGCGUAGGCGUAUUAACAGGUGCCUGGUUAAACUACCAAUCCGGCUUUAUGACAACUUCAGAUCUUCCUCUACCCCGAGUCAUCAUGUGGCCCUCAUGGACAAUGUGGGGCUGUCUAGUUCUCAGGACACUGAUUGGCUUCUUUUUUGUGUUCUUAACUCGCCAAAUCACUAAACCUCUUUCUUACAGUUUUAUAUGUACAAUAUUGAAGAAAGAUGAACAGGAACUGAAGCAAUCAGAGAACACUUGGGCAAACAAACACAAAACAAUAGCUGAACUUGGUUGUAAGUUUGUUACGUGUGCCAUGAUCGGAUUUAAUAUUAUGUACCUUCUACCUCAGUUAUUUAAGUUUUUGCGUAUUGAAAGACCAACAUUUUUUACUGAAAUAUAAUAGUUUACUAAUUUUUUUUUCUUAAGUUUAAUUUUUUUUUGCUCAUUAAAAAAAGAAUUUAUUAA